UUCUCAGGGCUGAAAACAAAAACAGCAUGGGUGCAGCACCGACCACUUUGGCCCCUUCAAUAGAUGCACCUUCUGGCACAUUAAAGCGCUGAGGACUUCUCCAGAAAACUCCUAAUGCUGGUCAGAAAUUCAGCCAUCAUCCACCCAGUGCUGAUGAAGCAACUGGUUGCGUUAUUAGACUUUUUUAGGUGGAGCGAUGAGGGAAGUCGCUCUGCCAGUCAGAGAGAACUGACGCCCACUGGGAGAUCUCUGGCUGGCUCCUCUGUCUCUAUGAAGCCAGUGUACAUGGUGGCAUGUGGCUGGGAUUAGGAAAUUUCACUGUGGAUUAAAAUCUUUCCAACGCCUCCAUGGCCACUCGCUAAAAGAAAGACUGAAGUUCCAGCGGAGAUCCAGUGAGCAGUCUGGGCCCAUGGUCUCACUUAGCAGCUCCAGGAUGAUCCAGCUGCUCCAGGGUCACAUCCAGCCAGCUGGACACCGAAGCUGCAAAACCCGCCUGGUCACCAAAGACGGGCACUGCAACAUUGAGUUCGGCAACAUUGAAUACAGUAACCACUUUGCGUACCUGGUGGACUUCUGGACCACGUUUGUGGAGAUCCGCUGGCGCUUUGUUCUCCUCCUCUUUGUGGGUUCGUUCACGGGCAGCUGGUUCAUCUUCAGCCUGCUGUGGUACUGGAUCGCCAAGAGCAACGGGGAUCUGACAGGACAGAACCGCACAGAUGGACACGUCCAGUGUGUGGAUAAUGUCAACGGCCUCACAACGGCGUUCCUCUACUCCUUGGAGACCCAGACAACGAUUGGGUAUGGCGGAAGGGCGUUGACCGGGCACUGUGCCGGCACCGUGGCUCUCAUCAUCAUCCAGUCACUAAUUGGCGUCUUCAUCAAUUGUUUCAUGUGCGGCGUCAUCUUGGCCAAGAUCUCCUUGCCCAAAAAAAGGGCAAAGACGGUCACCUUCAGCGACACAGCUGUGAUCUGCUUGAAGAAAGGAAGUCUGUGUCUUCUGAUCAGAGUGGCCAACCUUCGGAAGACCUUAUUAAUCGGCAGCCAGAUCUACGGCAAGCUGCUCAGGACCACAACCACACCAGAAGGAGAGACCAUCAUCCUGGACCAGGUGGACAUCAACUUUAUGGUUGAUGCCGGCAAGGAUAAUUUAUUUUUUGUUUGCCCUCUGACCCUUUACCACGUGAUUGACAGAUCAAGUCCGUUCUACGAGCUGUCAGCUGACUCUCUUCACCAGCAGGACUUUGAGUUGGUGGUCUUUCUGGACGGGACGGCCGAGUCCACCAGCUCCUUCUGUCAGGUUCGCACCUCCUACAUCCCACAGGAGAUUCAGUGGGGACACAGUUUCCUGCCCAUCAUCUCCCGCACCCAGACGGGAAAGUACUGCGUGGAUUUCUCAAACUUUUCCAAAAGUGUUCGGGUCACCACGCCACACUGCGUCCGCUGCUUCGAGACGGACUCAGAGCAGAGAAACCACAACAGCCACAACCAAGAAAACCACAGUAAACAGGAGAAGUUGGGGAUCGACAACAAGGGGUUCCAGGUGAUUGACAUUCACGACUCUGUGGACAUCACUAAAAUGUGAGCAGUUAGGAAAGGAACUCAGGCUGGGAGUGAAGCUCAGGGUUGUGGCAAAUAAGCGUCUAAAAAGCAGCAACAAGUUUGUCACUUCCUAACUAACUUACACCCUUUGAGUCUGCUAGUCUGACCUCCCUCUCAGAAAAUCAAAGACCUGCAAAGGACAGUGACUUUACGGGACAUGGCCUCGACACCGACAGACUGACCACAGCGGACCACGAGCUGAUAAUCAGAGCUAAUGAGCUAGCUGCUGUCAGCCUCUCCGAGUCCGAGUUGGAAACACAGAAGAGUCUGCUGGAGCUUUUACAGUCACUAGAAGCACAUUCGUGGAAGGUUGUUGUAGCUAAGCUAAAGGCUCAAAGAGGCUAUCUCUCCGGUAUGUGUGUCAGUGCGUGGGAUCGAGGUAAAGAUUGCAGUCCGGUGGUGCUUUUUACAGUCCAAACCACUGCACCAAAAUAGAAAAAUAAUAAGUAGAGGGUUAGCAAAAACUAGCAUAAACUCCUGUGAAUGAUGUGUCUCAGUAUACAAUUGAAAACGUGCUCAGCGGUUUCAAGGCCUUUGCACACCAAGUUCCGAUUUUUCGAAUGCGCUUUUUAACCCUUCAACUGAUUAAAAUUGUUAAACUUUUAAACUUUGCACGCUGAAUCUGAAGCGUUUUGUUUGUUUGUUGCAAAAGUUCACAAUACAAGAUGAAGUCACCACGCAGUGAGGAUGACUUUGUGGUCUUCUCACUUGUAAGUAGAAAACGAAAGAGGCAAUAUCGGGUCCAAGGUGUCAAGAAGAAAGAGUUUCACCUGCUGUCAGCUUCAGAUUAUCGGCGUUUGCUUUCCUGCAUUUAGCACCACGGCUACAAGAGGCCGAGCUACCCUCAUUAUGUUCCGAAGACUUAAAUGAUGUGGGUUUGUAUUUAUUUUUAAACGGACCGGAUGCGCAAAGACUCAACCACUCAAAGCGGACGCUGGGGGAGGUUGAUUAGAGGGUGUUAACACUGUUUUUAUAAUCUAAAUGUUAUGACGUGGAGAACACCCCCCAAAAUGGUCAAAUAAUAUGUCGGCACUGACCUUCAGUCAUCUCUGUUUCAUCACAGUACAGUCAUAUAAUUUAGUUUACAGGGUGGAGUACCGUUUUAAACAAAGUUUCACUGUUAGUCAGACAGCUGCUGCUUCUUCCUCAGAGUGAACAUUUGAAUUAAUCUUUUGCCUCGAACAGCAGAAACAUUAAAAGUUGUCAAACUGUGGAUAAAAAAUUCAGACAUGAGCAGCGAGUUAAGCUCUCUCGCUCAGCAGCUCAUUACAAUCAAAGCACCUUUGGGACUUGUGACUUUGUGUAGGUAAUGUGUGGAAGAGGGAGAAAGAGGGAUUUGAAGUUUUGACGCAUUGGAAAAUGAAAGGGGUAAAAUACUGGAUGGCACAGUGGGCACUUCUCGAGGAGAUUAGGGCCUGAGCCUGUUAUAAUGAAAAAAAAACUGUGCUAUAAAGGCUGGGGAAAGAAAAUAUAAAAGUAGGACAGGCCUUUUGAGUUUUCUCAUUAUUCCCACUAAAAACACAUAUUGACAUAUCUUUUAUGAUAAUUAGGAAAGUGUGAACAUAGCUGCUAAAUGCGAUGAUUUUUUAAAUUUGUGACCAGUCUACAGUUUGUAGAUGAUAACUGUGUAACACUUCUUCUCAGGGAACGUAACAUCUUUAGUUGGAAUAAAGACUUU